UAUCAUAUAAUUCCAUUGAUUAUAAUUAUCAUUCGAAAUGAUAAAUAACACUAUGUGAUACCUAUAUAUUGUCUAUUUUGGUUAAUUAAUUAGUUCGAGCAAAAUGGUUCGUUGCAUUAGUGUGUUGGCUCUAUUUUUCGCUGCUGUUUCAGCAUCCUCUAUUGCUGAUAAUGUGAUCAGCAAAUUCGGCAACCAGCUGAGGUUUCAGCACGUCCCCAAUGAUGAGGGUGGCGCUACACUAACCGACAACUGGUUAAAAGUCGCUGACUUAAUUCCAUCAGCAUACUUGCCAACCAGGGACAACCAGUUCCACCUCUUCACCAGAGACAACCCCACAGUCAGCCAGCCACUUCUGCUCUACAACGGUGCUUUGCUCCUAAACAGUAACUUCAACGCUUCACGCCGCACCGUCAUCCUAAUCCACGGUCAUGGAGGCUCAGCUCUGUCCAACUUCAACCUUGUUCUGAUACCUAGUUAUUUGGCCGCUGCUGAUGUGAACGUAAUCCUUGUGGACUGGAGCCGUGGCGCCAACUCCAAUACAGUUCUUAGUUUAGUCAACAUAGCUUUGUCAGCUCGCAAUGUUAAGAAUUUUAUUGAAUUCGUCACAUCAACUACCGGCCAGUCAUUGGCUGACGUCAGCCUGGUUGGAGUAGGACUUGGCGGUCUCCAGGCCGGUCUCAUCGGCAGGAGAUUGAGGAGACAAGUCGGAUAUAUCGCGGCCCUGGACCCAACAUACUGGAGUGCGGUUCACGAACUGUUACCCCAGUUCAGGGCCAACGAUGGAGUCUACACUGAAGUUAUCCACACCAAUGUGGGCAACAGGGGAUACAUCAAGCCUAUGGGCCAAGUGGAUAUCUACCCCAACGGUGGAAUAAACAUGCCUGGUUGUGGACGAGAUGACGCCUGCGAUCAGGAGAGAGCAUAUUAUUAUUGGGCAGAGGCUUUAACCAGCGGCGGCUUCACCGCCCGCCAGUGCACCGACUACGAGGAGGCAUUGCUGCAGGAGUGCCAAGGAGCCACGCUGACCUUGGGAGGCAUUGAACCAAAAACUGGUGCCUCCGGUAUCUACUCGCUACAAACAAACCCUAGCCCACCAUUCUCUCAGGGAUAAAUAAUAUUUAGUUAUCGUGUAUAAAGCUGAACGAAUAUUGAUAAUUGUUUUAUUGUUAUAAUUAAAAAAAAAUAAAGCUGU